AUGAAGGACAUAAAUUUGAUAGAUAUAGAGUCAUGCCGUUUAGCUGUAGGGUGCGGGAGUCCCGCUGAAGUUUUGCUCACAAUAUGGGGCUCAAAAGGCAACACAGUUUUGCAACUUUAUAAUUACCUUGCUCGAAACAGGAUGAUUGCGGCUAUGCGGUGUAUUCGUAAUCUUGCUGAUCCAUCAACAUCGCGAGUAUGCUCUAGAGGGAAUUCGAUGGAUGGUUCUAAUGAAGAAGGAUGCAAUGUAUGUAUCACAAGGAUAGUUAUAGAAACUAGUUUUUUACUAGCUUUUUCGCCUUCCCAUCUUUUAUCUCAAUUUUUUAUUUGUAGCUGCGUUUCGGAAGAGGAAGAUGUAAUUGCUGGAUUGCAAAAUACGAUCAGUGUUAAGUACCGUGAAGUGUUGUUGGCGACUGAUGGUUUCGCUGAAAGAAACAUUUUAGGAAAAGGCGGAUAUGGUAUAGCAUACAAAGGUGUUUGGAAGAACUUUGAGGUGGCUGUGAAGAGAUUCAAGUCUCAAAGGAACUGUGGGAGUGAAGAACGUUUGCUCCAAAGUCUUCGUGAGCUCCGAACAUUGGCUAAAUACCGCCACGAUAAUAUUCUGCCACUAUAUGGAAUAUCUUUGGAUGGAGAAGAUCCGUGCUUGAUCUACCAGUAUAUGGCUAACGGUUCACUUGAAGAUCGUCUGCAGCGUAAAGGCGGCACGGAAGUUUUGACUUGGCAGCAGCGGAAAAUCAUAGCUGAAGGUUCUGCCAGGGGCUUACUUUUCUUACAUACUGGUAGUAAUACUCCUAUUAUUCAUGGGGACAUCAAGACAGCCAAUAUCCUUCUUGAUAGACACUUUGAACCGAAGCUUAGCGAUUUUGGAUUAUGCAGAAAUGGAUCAGUAUGUGUAGAGGAAGAGGACUCAGUAAUAGCUUCUCACGUUAAAGGAACUUUCGCAUACCUGCCGCCAGAGUUUAAGAACAGUAAGAUCUUAUCUACUAAACUGGAUAUAUAUAGUUUUGGCAUUGUUUUACUGGAAAUUGCUAGUGGCUCUAGAGUUUAUGUGGAAAACAGGGACAAACCAAAUUUACUGCAGCACGUCUUGCAUUUAGAGGCGGAGUAUGAGGAUGACCAGACGAAAUUCAUCAGUCUUAUCAUUGAUAAGAAUUGUCCAGACGAUGAUGGUGCUUGUUUUUCGCAGAGUGAAACACUUCUUUAUCAUCACCACUUUUUUCAUUGA